AUAGGUAAAAAUAAUCUUAAAGAGAUGACAAGCGAGAUGACCCUCAUAAAUAAUCACAAGUUCACCUUAGACCAAAUCAAAGAGAGCCAGGCUGUUCUUGCUGACUACAAAGGACUGAAGGGUUUGGACCGUGGCCAUUUGAGCCCCAGUGGCCAUCAGUGCGGUAAAGAGACCAAGAUUGCUACCUUCACACUCACCAACAUAGUGCCCCAGGACAGCACUCUCAACACGGGCAAGUGGAUGGCCUACGAGUGUAAAACAAUGCCCCAAAAGACUCAGGACUGUAAAACCACCUAUGUGAUCACAGGUGCUGUGCCUGGGAACACCUACGUAUCCAAUAACAGGGUGAACAGACCCAGCCACAUCUGGUCAGCUGCCUGCUGCUUGGGGAAAAAAGAGCCCAAAGAUGCUUGGGGGGCCAUUGCUGAGAACAACAAGAAUAAGGUAGAGCAGCUCAGCCUGGAAGAGCUGGAGAAGAGGUUGAGCAAUCUCUACGGUGGAAAGGUUACUCUGUUCAACAACGCCUGUUCCCAGAAAUAGGACUCACUUCCUCAAUGGAAAAGGAUCGGUGGCUUUUCCCACAUGUCACAGGAUCACAGAAUGGGUUGGUUUGGAUGGGACCUUAAAGCCUUAAACAUCAUCUCAUUCUGACCUGCCUUCCAUGGGCAGGGACACCUUCCAUUACAACAGCUUGUUCCAAGCCCUCCCCAGCCUGGCCUUGAAACCCCCAGGGAUGGGGCAGUAAAACAGCUCUGGGUAACUUUUACUCGUACCACAGCCUGCUCAAUGUAAUUUACUGCUUUAUAAUAUCCCAUCUAACCCUGCCCUCCAUCAGUGUGAAACCAUUCCCUCCUGUCCUCUCAGUCCAUACCCUUGUCCAAAGACCCUCUCCAGCCCACUUGGAGACCCAUGCGGUACUGCACUCUCAGCAGUUUCUCCAGGCUGAACAUCCCCAGCUCUCUCUCCCUCUCCCCAGAGCAGACACACUCCAGCCCUUGGAGCACCUUCAUGGCCUCCACUGGAAUCCACUCCAACAGCUUUGGAUCCUUCUUGUGCUGUGGGCCCAGAGCUGGAGGCACCACUGCAGGUGGGGUCUGAGCAGAGCAGAGUAGAGGGGGACAAAUGUCCUGGUCAGAGUCUGUGCUGCUUCCUUCUCUGGUGUGUUUCCAGCUCUGUCCCUCAGGGCACCUCCUGCUCUGCUCAAAGGCACAAAGAUGUGGGCAGAGCCUCCAGCUGCUUUGCUUUGCUGCCCACGUCAGGAGAGAGCUCUGAGGAACGAGUCCUCUCCUCCUCAGCUGUCCCCCAGAGUGUGCAGCUGACUUGUCCCUCACCUCCUUAGCCAGGCUGUGGCACCAAAGCCCAACAAUACAUGAUUCUGGACAACCUGCUCUAGCUGAUCCUGCUGCAGCCUGGAGGCUGGACUACAAGAUCCUGAGAAGCCCCUCCAAAACACAACAAUUCAGUGAUUCUGGGAUCGUGGAACUUGCUUUUGUUUGGUGGCUUUUGAAACUGCACCUUGAGAGCAGCAGCUGUUGUAUCAGACAGGCAGGCUUUGGCAUCAGAUCCAUAGAGAGCUUGGAGCAGCCAAAGCUGAAUUCCUGUGCUGCACUCCUUGGACACCUUCAUGCUCUGCUCUCCUUCUGAAGCUUUCUGCAGAUUGAUGGGAAACUGAUUUGGGGAAAUGUAUUCAAUGGUUGUCAAAGAUCAAUGUGUGCCCCAUCAUGGAGUUUGCAAGGGCUUAGAAUAAAAGGGAUUUUCUGC